UACGACGGCGCCAACACGGCGAACGCGACGGCGGCGUUCGCGACGCAGCCGACCCUGCUGAGCCGGUCCGCGUCCGUCAACGACACCUACUUCGGCGAGAUCGUGGUGUUCGACGACCUGGUGACGGCGGGGCCGGCGCUGUCGUCGGUGCCGGUGGCGCGCGCGCAGGGCUUCUACUUCUACGACAAGAAGGAGGUCGCCUUCUCGCUCGUCUUCAACUCGACGGCGUGCAGGGGCACCCUCAACCUCAUGGGCGCCUACCUCAUGGCGGAGAAGACGCGGGACAUCUCCGUCGUCGGCGGCACCGGCGACUUCUUCAUGGCGCGCGGCGUCGCCACGCUGCGGACCGACUCCUUUGAGGGCCUCUACUACUUCAGGCUCCAGAUGGACAUCAAGCUCUAUGAGUGCUACGACGUCUAA